AGUUGCUGCUGCUCAGAGGGGAAAAUGGCGCAAAAAGAAGUUGAGCUGGAUCCAGAGAAACUCUCUUGUUCUAUCUGUGUUGAUCAACUGAAGGAUCCGGUGACUAUUCCCUGUGGACACAGAUACUGCAUGAAGUGUAUUGAAAGCCACUGGGAUCGAGAAGACGAGAAUGUAAUCUACAGCUGUCCUCAGUGCAGGGAGACUUUCACACCGAGACCUGUCCUAGGGAAAAGAAUCUUGUUAACAGAGAUUGUGGAGGAGCCGAAUAAGACUGGACACCAAGCUGCUGAUUACUGCUAUGCUGGAGCUGAAGAUGUAACCUGUGAUGUCUGCACUGGGAGGAAGAGGAAGGCUGUCAAGUCAUGUUUAGUCUGUCUGGCCUCUUACUGUGAAAAAGACGUUCAGCCUCACUAUGAGGCUCCAGCUUUUAAGAAACACAAGCUGGUGGAGCCCAAGAACCUCCAGGAGAACAUCUGCUCUUGUCACGAUGAGGUGAUGAAGAUAUUCUGUCGCACUGAUCAGCAGUUGAUCUGUUAUCUCUGCGCAAUGGAUGAACAUAGAGGCCACAACAAGGUCUCAGCUGCAGCAGAAAGGACCGAGAGGCAGAGAGAGCUGGAGGUGAGUCGACAAAACAUCCAGCAGAGAACCCAGGACAGAGAGAAAGAUGUGAAGCUGCUUCAACAGGAGCUGGAAAACAUCGAUAGCUCUGCUUAUAAAGCAGUGGAGGACAGUGAGAAGAUGUUCACAAAGAUGAUCCGUGUCAUCAAGAAAAAAUGCUGUGAUGUGAAGAAGCAGAUCAGCUCCCAGCAUGAGACUGAAAAGAGUCGAGUCCAAGAGGUUGUGAAAGAGCUGAAGCAGGAGAUCACUGAGUUGAAGAGCAAAGAUGCUGAGAUGAAGCAGCUGUUAGACACAGAAGAUCACAACCAGUUUCUGCACAACUACCCCUUGGUGCCAGAAGUCAGUGAGUCCAAACACUCAUCCCGCAUCAACAUCUGUCCUCAGACCUACUUUGAGGAGUUGACAGCAUCUGUGUCAGAGGUCAAAGACAAAGUACAGAAGAUUCUGAGGGAUGGAUGGACACACAAUCCACCGAAGCCAAAGACCAGAGCUGAAUUCCUGAAAUAUUCAUGCGACAUCACUCUGGAUCCAAACACGACAAACACACAGCUGGUGUCUGACGGAGACAGAAAAGUAAAGGCGGUGAGACAACUUCAGUCUUAUCCUGAUCAUUCAGACAGAUUCACUGAUUAUCGUCAGGUCCUGAGCAGAGAGAGUCUGACUGAACGUUGUUACUGGGAGGUGGAGCUGAGAGGGCUGGGAGCUGCUGUGGCGGUUUCAUACAAGGAUAUCAGCAGAGCAGCAUCUGAAAGUGAGUUUGGAUCCACUGACAAAUCUUGGGCUUUACAGUGCUACAAAGACAGUUGGGCAUUUUUGUUCAACAACGCUAAAACUUCCAUCCCAGUUCCUCAGUCCUCCAGAAUCGGAGUGUACCUGGAUUACAGUGAAGGUAUUCUGUCCUUCUACAGCGUCUCUGAAACCAUGACUCUCCUUCACAAAGUCCAGACCAAAUUCAAUCAGCCACUACAUGCCGGACUAAACCUUGUGUAUUUUGGAUCCAGUGCUGAGUUCUUUGAACCCAAAUAGACCAAAAUACAGCUGAUCUGGUUUCCAUCAUUGUACAC